AUGUACCGAUGUGCCAGAGGACUGCACUGUACUGGAGCGCUGGCGAGGACCAAGGCAAGCACUGGAGCAAGAGCUAGGAUAAGGAAGUCACCACCGCAGAAGGGACGGCUUGCUGAGGAAGCGACAGCGCUGAGUGGCAGUAUCAGUGCCCACGAGAUUGGCGCAAUCUCAAGUUCUUUCGUUGCGAGGACACGGGAGCUGGAACCGGGUUUAGAGGUCAAACAGCUGUCGCAGAUUAGAGCCCAGUUCCAGGAGAGGUACGAUGCGAGGUACUUGAGGCCAUCCAAGCAGUGGGUGCGACAGCGGGGAAUUGGCGGAACUGCGAGCUCACGCCAACCCAACAAGUAUUUGAUUAAUGAAUGCGCGGAGCGCAUUCAUAAGCAUGAUUUGCAAUUCGAUGCCAGUGCUCUCUCCCGUGGACCUCUCAGGAUCGGCGAUCUGGUGUUGUUGAAGCAGCAUUUCAACGAGCUCAGCAUGUGUGUGGAUGUGCCCAGUAGCACUUUGGAUCCACGUUAUACGUUUGCCGCGGUGGACGGAACAUUAAAGUUUGCUUCAAAAAGCUCAGUGCUGCUACGCAUGCCCAACAACUAUGGAAAUCAUGAAAAUGAAGGCAAACUUCUUGCGAGGGAAGCCAAACACGACUUUGCACCGAUUGGUACUAUCAAGAACUCCCCCGACGAAACAAUAGUCUUGUCGACAACUGCGCGCCAGAUGGUAACAAGUUACUUACCGCAACAAAUUUCAAAAUCAGCAUGGAGCCAGUUACCGCUUGUUCUCAAAAACUUGGAGCAAUUGCAUAGGUCGCUGCAAAAUUUUGCAGGACCGGUGAAUUUUCCUUUUGUAAAGUUGGUCCAAUUGGUUCAAAAAAACAUGAAUAUGCACGUCACAGCAGCGUCAACGUUAAGCGAAAUUCUUGAUUCAGCUGUCUUUUUGGCAACCUAUUGGGCUGUGCGGUUACAGCAAAAAUUUCACUUGUGGGGUGAAAUCCAAUUGAACAGAGCUCUGCUCACGCCAAUCUCCGUGACAAUACUUCCUUUCGAGUCGCAGCACGUAUAUUACACUAACGUGGUAAAGUGUCUCAAAUCUAAUAAUUAUAAAGAUAUUAAUGACUUUGCGGAUCUCGUUAAUACAAAAGAUUUUGUCACAGUGGUAAGUAGGUUUCCGCAUAUUAUUAAGCUUCUCGAAGAUUAUGCGUCUGGUAAUUUGGAGAAUAUUGAAUCAAUCAUAUCAUUGAUUUCUACAAUAUUUAGGAAAAUCGAUAGCUUCAAGGAUAAUGAUAUAACUAAGGAUUGCUGCCACGAAUUAUUAAUUGAGUUGACCCCAAAUAAUAGUCUUUGGAAUCCCAUGCAUUCAAAUUUAACACUAGCUUUACCGCCAUCUUCAAAUCUUACGAAGUCGCAACAAGUUUUUUUUGAUCUCGUAAAGCCUCCCCCAGAAACUGCUUUAGAUGACUUUGAAAGGUUCGAUUUUAAAGAUCUGAGAGUUUACUGUAUUGACUCUGAUGAUGCUCAUGAGAUAGAUGAUGGUAUCUCCAUAAGAGAGCUUGGAAACGGUAAAUUCACUCUUUACAUUCAUAUCGCAGAUCCAGCGUCUCUUUUCAAUGAAUCUAGUCAGCAGGAUUCCUAUGGUAUUGAAGACGAAGUGCUUAAAAUAGCGUCUAAAAAAUGUUUUACCACUUAUUUACCUGAUUUAGUUGCUCCAAUGCUACCUAGGAGUUAUUGCAAGGCAGCCGAUUUAGGUAAAAACGAUGAUCUAACGAAAACAAUCACUUUUUCCGUUGAUGUUGUUGUUGCUCCAGAUGAGCAGUCGAUGAAAAUUCAAAACAACACUUCGCAAAUAAGACUAGGGCAAGUGUCGAGAUUUCCACAAGUGUCUUAUGAUUCCGUUGAUAGAACCUUAAAGGAGACUAGAAAUUUGAUACAAGAUAAAUGGUCCAUAGAACAGAAAGAAUUGAAAAACUUACAUCUUAUCGCUAGAUUGUUACGGGAAACGAGAGUUAAAGAGAUGGAUGCUGUAAUAUUUGGAGAUGGUUUCAAUAAAGGCCUGGUAAAAGUUUCCGAUGAUAGCCAAAAAAUAUCCUUUGAGAACAAGGUAGAAACAAGCUCUGUGGUUCUUGUUACUGAAAUGAUGAUUCUUGCCAACACUUUGUCCGGAAAAUUCUUCUUUGAAAAUAAAAUUCCUGGAGUGUUUAGAUCUUAUCAGCCAUUAAUGCUUGGUGAUAGGGCUCAGAAUGAAUAUGGUCAAAUGAAAGCCAAGAUCAAGAAAGGCAUACUGCCAAGUUUCAAAGAUAUCACACUUUUGGCUUCUUUACUGAAUUCAAGUUUUUAUUCUGCCAAACCAAUGUCACAUAAUAUGAUUGGUGCUCCCCAAUAUUUAACUGUAACUUCACCGUUGCGUAGGUUCCCCGAUCUUAUAAACCAUUUACAGUUACACAGGCAUAUUCGAGGACUGCCCAUUUGCUUCACUCAAUCAGAAAUUUCAAAUUUGGUGGAUGACAUUCAAUCAAGAGAUUCUAUCUUAAAAGAUGCUUCUCGUCAGGGAGCAACUUACUGGACACUAAAGUUUGUGAAAGACUCUUUGAAAAAUGAUCCAAAUCAAAGAUUUGAAGUUAUGGUAACAUCUGUUCCACAACUGGGUUUGGUGAGGUGUAUUCUACCUGAUUAUCCAGCAGCAAGAGGAUCUUUAAAACUAAAGCCUUCAGAGACAAAACCUCCUGAAAUAGGCAAUACCGUUGCAAAUUGCAAAAUUACUAAGAUCGAUUGCCUGGACGGGAUUUUGGAACUAGAAGUAUAG